AUGGAACAGGAUGAUGAUGAGAUCUCUUUGCGAUCCUUGGAGUCAACAAUAUCAGACUUCAAUGAUCGGCAAGAUUUGUUCGUAUCAGUCUCAGUCCAGGGGGAGGUGCAUGACAAAUGGGUCCUCACGACAAUUCCAAUGAGCAACAACCACAUUUCCUCAAGACCAGUUGCGCAAAGUCUUUUGAGGAAUUCGAAUAAUGAACUGUCGAGGAUAAUUGAGCUGAGAAAGCUUUCUCGAAGCGUGAGGACGCCUGAAAAAUUAAAGUACAAUGUGCUAGACGGGUCCGCUCUGACAAAAUUGAACUGGAUGAAACUCUUAAACGGGUAUAUUCGUGGUUCAGAGAAACCAAUGGCGUUUGAUGAGUCAGAUUUCUCGCUUUGUCUUAGAUAUAAAGCUGUGAGCUAUGCUGCUACCAAAGCUUCCCUCUUAUCGAAAUUCUGUGCAGAUUGCUCGAGUAUUCUGAACUCUGAAAAGCCAACCCCAAUUUUGGUCGAGGGUUUGAUCAUCAAUCACCGCGAAGAGAUCCAAGAUAGCAAAAUGAGCUCAAAUAAAGAAGAAAAGUCUUCAAGGAGAGGGUUUCUUUUUUUUGGUAAGAGGACCACCAACUUAAUGAGAUACGCGUCUGCGCUUGACGAGCUUGUCAGUGUUCUGGAAAGAGUGGAAACCGAAAGUAUUCCACUGUCCCAUAAGAUCGAACGGUUCGUGAAUCACUAUUAUAUGUCCUUCAUCGAGAAAGAUUACCUGACUUUCAUGCACCAAAUCGAACAGGAGUCAGAGUUUUUAAUUGACAACUGGAUAUAG